AUGGCUAUUGGCUUGUCAGAUAACCUUGCAAAGCAGAUUCUUCGAAGAUCAGGCUCGAGCUCGAGCAAAUCAUCUUCUUCAAGAUAUCCAGAUGUGCCGAAGGGUUACUUAGUGGUUUAUGUAGGAGAGACACAUAGUAAGAAGCGGUUCGUGGUGCCAGUUUCGUACUUGAAGCAGCCUUCAUUUCAGGACUUGCUGAGCAUGGCUGAAGAGGAAUUUGGUUAUGAUCAUCCAAUGGGUGGCCUGACCAUUCCCUGCUGUGAAGAAACUUUCAUUUCUGCUACGUCAAACCUUAGUAGAUCAUAA